AUGGAACUUAAGGAAUUUCUAAGCGCUCUGCGCUCAGCAAAAGAGAAUUUCGAAGAAGUUUUAUAUGAGGGCAUUCGUUGGCAUGCUCUGAAAGUAUGCACCCCUCAUGUCAAUCGUGUGAGAGAUAGUAGUCUUCCGCACUUGACUGUUAAUAGUCAAGCAACCGACACUGAGAACAAUGGUAGCUCAUACGAAAAUGAGUACGAGGAAUUGCGCAAAUCGCUGUUUACCGUUUUCGAACAAUACAUAAUCGGGGAAAAUGGCUCUGAGGACUCAACUCCAACUUUGUGCAAACUGGAAGCCAAAUUAAAAGCAAUCGCUCCUGCUCGCAGUGCUAUUUGUGGACGCAUAUUUCAAAUGCACACCUCUUCGGGUGGGGGAUGCUGUGAUUGUGGUGAUGUUGAAGCAUGGCGAAACGGUGCACAGUGCUCUCUUCAUCAGGUUCCUUCUACUUUGGCAUCACCUAAUAUGGCGCAAACCUCAUCUGCCGAUCAACAACAGCAGUCCGACGAACCAAGUGUUAACUUUACGGACGACAUAGAUACCACUCUUUCAAUGGAACUGGAUACUUUGCGGGAACACAUUGACAGUCUACCAGCUGAUGUGGUUUCCAGAACAUGUUCCCUGUUGAAACCAAUCAUCCAUAGCAUGAAUCUGUGCUUCUGGAAUUUGGUUCAGGGCUCCCCUAUUAGUAAUAAUCGUCCGCUGAGCAAAGUUCAUACUCCACAGGAUCAGGCGGAAUUGACGCAGUUAGCCCUGUCAAAACUCAUGGAGAAGGUGUUUUUAAAGAAACCUGGAGAGAAACCCGAAUUCCGUAUUGCGGAUGAUUUGUGGAUGAACCCUGAAGAUCUGGUCAUUGAAAUACCAGACAAUAUUUCAAUUCAAGAGACGUGGCCUCCUGAUCUGUCACAUACUCCUCUCGUACCGCCAAUGAGAGAUGCACUGACAUUGAAUCAAGAGUUGUGGCCGCGCACUGCUCCGACGGAGCGCAGCGCUGAAUAUGUGAAAGCGCGUAGUCUGUUUCAGUUGUCUCAAGCACGCCGUUUGCACCCGCGGCUUUUCACACCACAUUCACUUCGUACUCCACAGGAGCGCACAACCGCCACACAGUCGUUUGUUGUCAUUCUCUACAACAACGAAUACCACAAUUACGAGCAGGUUUGGUCGUUCCUCGACUUAUUUGUAGACAGCAUGGCUGCAAUACGCUUGAAGAUGGUGCGAUUGUAA